UACAAAAAGCGCCCGGUCUAUCUAUUUCUGCGCAACCGAAGCGGCACGACCGCUACGACGCAAACGAGACGCGCGUCGAUCCGCAACAUCCGCAACAUGUUCCGCCGCGCGACCUUCGGACCUGGGUUCUUAUUUGUCGAACGAAUUUUCUUCGCAAACAAAUCCGAGCUGUAAUAAAAUUGUUUCAACGGUUCAAAUCGAGAUGUAAAAAUUCGCGCGCAAAAAGCACGAGCGAGUUAAAAAACGAGAGACAACGCGUGACAAAUGGGAAUGAGAAAACGUUUGCGACAAAGGUUCAACGCACGAAAUGAUUCCGGAAAAUAGCGGAAGCUUUUGGAUUCUUCUGUACAUCUAGAGUUCCAAAAAUAAAGUUCCAACAGCCGCGCUCUGUUCGCAUCACGUAUAGUUACUCGAAGUCGCCAUAAUUUUCUAACUAGAUCAGUCUAGAUUAUUCCUUUGGCAGAGCUCUCUCUUGUACGCGAUAUUUUUAAAUCGAGAAUUAUAAAGAGUGCGGUAAACACGAGCAUUGGUCUCAGUUCAAACAAACCCUUCGUCAGAUCGGCAUCGGCAUCAUCAACCAUCGACGGAAUAUUAAAGAGUUUCUUCCUAUCGAGAAGAGCGCUAGAUCGUCAACCGAAGGAAACAUGUCGCAGAAUUCGGGAAGUGACGCGAAAGAAUCUCAAGCGUACAAGGUGCUUCAGAAUGAUCAGGUUGGCAGAUACAUGAUAGCGAACAGAGAGCUGCAGGCUGGCGAGGAAAUCGUUACGGAAAUGCCUUUCGUUGUCGGACCGAAGGCUUAUACUUAUCCCUUGUGUCUCUCCUGUUACACUCCCUGGCCUCCCGCUCCGGAUAACAAACCGCUUUGCUCGAAGUGCGGAUGGCCUGUUUGCGGCGAGGAGUGCGAGAACGCUCCGCAACAUAAAGACUACGAAUGUCAGGUAUUUGCGCAGGCCAACGAGAAGUUUAACGUGGACGUUGCUAUGAGCGAGAACGAAAAUGGUGUUCCGCAAUUAGAAUGUAUAACGCCGUUGAGACUACUGUUGGAGUCCGAGAGAAAUGUUGAGAGAUGGAACAAGGAAGUGAAGGACAUGGAAGCGCACAACAAGAUACGAUGUCAAAAGUCACAGUGGAGAUCCGAUCACGUCAAUAUCGUGGAUUAUCUGAGAAAAAGGCUUAAGCUCGACAGGUUCUCGGAAGAGCGCAUACAAACGGCAUGCGGAAUCUUGGAAAUUAAUACGUUCGAAGUGCGAACGAUGAAAGGAUUCACUGCUCGCGGUCUUUACCCGACUGUCGCUAUGAUGAAUCACUCGUGCGUCUCCAACACGUCUCACAGCAUAUCGCCGCUUGAUUACAGGAUACGGCUGCGUACCACGCUUAGAAUUCCAGCGGGCGGCGAACUUUACGCAAGUUACACGCACUCGUUGCUCCCGACUAUGCUGCGACGAGAACACCUGCUCGAGGGCAAGCACUUUGCUUGCGCGUGCCCGCGAUGUUCGGACCCCUCAGAACUGGGCACUCACAUGUCCUCGCUAAAAUGCAACAAAUGCGACAACGGAAUUAUUCUGCCCCUAGAUUCUUUAGACUCGGAAAGUACAUGGAAAUGCACGCACUGUGACUUUUCCACCAGUGGACAAGCGGUGCGAAAGAUUUUCAAGAUUAUUCAAGCGGAAGUGGAUGCCGCUGAAGCCAUCAGCGGAGCUGACGGAGCUGACGCGAUUCGAGAAAGAGAGGCCGUUGUGAAAAAGUACCAUUCUGUUCUCCAUCCUCGUCACGCUUUUCUUACGAUGUUACGACACUCUUUGACCCAAAUGUACGGUCGAGUUGACGAAUAUUUGUUAGAUGAUUUGCCAGAUGUUGUUUUGGAGCACAAGGUCGAUAUGUGCCGCUUGUUGCUUCAAGUGCUAGACGUUGUGGAACCUGGAUUAACUCGCAUCAGAGGUAUGACGUUGUACGAGCUGCACGCGCCGUUACUUUUCUUAGCGAAAGGUCAAUGGAAUGCCGGUGUUAUCGAUGAGGCCGGUUUAAAGUCCAAAAUGACAGAAGCUGCCACUAUUUUAAAAGAAGCGGCCACAAUAUUGAUCUUGGAACUACCGGAGACAGCUGAGGGACAAAUAGGAAUUGUUGCGAAAGAGUCUUUAGUUCAGCUGGAACAAUCCAUUAACGAGUUAUAAGCAUUUCUCGUUAUUGUCGUAAUCAAACUUCUUAUAAUUUAUAUAUAUAUAUAUUUUUUUUUCUGUUGCUUAGAAUAAAACUUCUGUAUUUAUUAAAUAAAUAAACGCGUUUCUAUGUG